AUGUUAACAUACGCUGAGCACGUUUCGCGGUUGCUGCGUGAUCACUAUUGCUAUACUAUGCCCUACAUAGUGGCUCUAUACGUACCACGCAUACAAAGAUCAUAUAUGUUUUGUGUCCAUCCAUAUGGAAGUGUUACUAAGUUAACGGGAUUCUUCUUAAUUCACGAUCCUUGCUAUAUAAAACAAUGUUUACGAAUAGUUCAGCCAUUAGUUUUUCGAAAAAAGUUUCUACGUGUACGUUGGGGGAGAGAAAACAUGGAAAGAAAAAGAAGCAUAUUGGCACUGAUUGGAUUAAUUCUAUUUCUCAAAUCUUCGAACGUUGAAAGUGGUAAUGGAAACGGCAAUAAUGAACAUUUGUUCUCUCACCAUCGACAGAAGAGAUUAUUUUGGAUAACUAACGAUGGUCGAAUAGCUUUGCCACCAGGCACGAUAAUGACAAUAACUCCAACACUGGCAUUACCAUUUGUCAGAUAUCCUCCCUAUGGUUUUCUUAGUAACAUGACUGUUAGCCUUCCCUUUACCAUCGAUUUCGAUAAACUUGGUUUAACCGAUAAUGAGAACCCUUACGGCGUUUUACCAUCGGCGUUUGAUGCUACUGCAAGGGAACAAGGACCGAAUGCUGCAGAAUUUAUCGCAACAUUCGUAAAACGUGCAAUCAGCAAGAGAGAAGCAAUUGCAGAUUUGCCAAAGAAUGCACUUUAUGGAGGUGAAAGAGCCCUUUUGUACGGUACCGCUGAGGAUAUGCUUGCAAAUUUCGGGUUAAAUGGAAAAGCCUGUCUGUUAAGGGCAAUUUGUGAAGUACAGGGACAUCCCUUAAGCAAUUUCGGUUUGAUCGGCGAGAUGCUUAAACUGUUUUUCACUGCUAGUAAAUCACCAUUUUCGAAUCUUUUGAAAGAAUAUGUUGAAGCUGAAAAUAGAGGCAAGUUUCAUGGAGAAUGUUGGCCUUACUUUAAAGAUUGUCCAAAAUCAUUAUUUCGUGCAUCGGAGAAUAAAUAUACAAAAGAAGCUUUUCAUGAAAAUGAUGCAAGUGCUGAAACAGACGGGAUAGAACAAAAAAGAUAUCGAUAUUUUCCUUCGAUUCAGUCAAUAGAUCGAACAAGAAGAGAUACUCAAUUUUCUCAGAACUUUAAACGUACGAUACAUCCAUCAAUGUAA